CAUUUUGCAGUCGAAAGUUAGCUGUUGCGGUGAAAAGAUAUCACGCUCCCAAAAGUUGCGUAAAAAGUGAAGAAAACGAGAAAAACUAAAGGAUAAUCUUACAUCAAACGCUUGCCAAAGCCUAGAGUGCGGCCCGCGGUGUGGUGGUGCACUGGGUGCUGCCCCAGACUUAAAGAGGGCGCCGAAAGAAGAACAAAAGUGAACCGGCUGCGGGGGAGGGAGUGAAGAGCUAACGUCCAAGUAGGCGAACCACCGACACUCCGACGUUCCGAUCCGCGAUCCCACUGAUCAGAAGAGAGAAGAGGAAGGAGAAGAAAGAGAAGAGGCACGUUUCACGGCUAGGAACGGCGGGCAUGGCGCAGGCAACGAGCGCGCGGCAGACUUCGGAGGGUGGUAGCGGAAGCGAAGAUCCCGUUCCCACGACCCCGACGGACGAUGAGAAUCUGUUCAUCAAUCCGACCGACGGUCUGCCGAACGAACAUCCGGCCCUGCCGAGUGCGUACGAUUCCGACAGCGAGUCGAACCCGGUGGCGGACGACGACCUGCUGGACGAUCUGCCCACCUCGAUCAUCGUGACCAACAUCCACUCGGAGGUGUUUGGCGACGACGGGCUGAAGCGCGAGCUGGAGGACCUCUUCCGGACGUUCUCGGAGCAGACCACCUUCCAGUGGCUGAAGAGUUUCCGCCGGUUGCGCGUCAACUACGACAGCGCGCUGGCGGCCGCGAACGCGCGCAUCCGGCUGCACCAGUACCCGUUCGGGAAGUCCAUCAUCAACUGCUAUCUGGCGCAGCCGGUGACGCCGGUUUCGAACACGAACCUCAAACCACCGGCACCGGUCAAGCAGUUCCUCAUUUCGCCACCCGCAUCCCCGCCGGCCGGUUGGGAGCCGGCGGAGGAGGGCGAACCGCUCGUCAACCAUGAUCUGCUGGCCGCCUUAGCCAGUCUGACGCCUGGCGAGAGCCACGAAAUUCACGCCCAAUCGGAGCACCAUCCGGGCAUCAUUUUGCACACUGCCGCCGGUCAGCUCGAGGCGGCCGCGGCCGCGGCAGCGGCUGCCGAAGGUGAAGAUGAGGAGACGGCGGGCGGUGGCAAGUCGUCCAGCAUGGGUAGCAGCUUUGAGGAUGACGAUCCGGACAAAGAGAACGUCAUUGGCUCGAACGUGGUACGCAAGCCACGGAUAAUGCAGACGCGCUGUCCGGAGCGAAAGAGUUCCGCCUAGGUCCUAGGACCCCAGAACGACGGUGCUUGUGAGGGUCGGGGUACAAUUAAAAAAGAAAAAAGAAGUCCUUCCUUCCUUCGCCAUAUACGAGAUGGUUGGAAUCAGAAGUAAAACAGAAAAUUACUAAAAUCACGCGGCAAACGUUCAAAUCAAUUUAGUUCCACCGUUACACCAGCGCGAAAUACGAUCGCUUCGGGUUCGUCUUUUUUGGCAACACAUAACGUAAUCGAGAGACCAUGUGGGAGAGAAGUAAUAGUUAAUUAAAACCACAUUAUCGGUAUCGAAACCGUUAUGUUUCGAAUUUAACAAAAAAGAGAUACAAACAAAACGAUAUGUUAUCUGUUGCGUUUCCUAUGGUUAAGUUGAUAAGGUUGCGUGUUAGAAGCGUUCUGAGUGUGUACCAUUUAUUGAUCGUAUUGUACAAAUUGAUCGAUGCGCGUUGCAUCAAUCGAUAUACAAUCGGAACUUAAGAUUUGUUGGGUAGUUAUUAUUUUUUGUACACUCUUUAUACGGCGGGGAAUCGGUGAAACGAACUAAAAAAAGAAAAUUAUCAAAAAAGGAAGAAAACACAUAGGAAAAAUAGAAAGAAUGAAAUCUCAAAUCGUAAUAAAUUCGGGUCUAUGUUGAGCGUUAGUAACUAAAUUAGUAAGUUAUACAUUAGUUUGUUCACAGGUUAGAGUUACGGUUUUUAAAAACUAAAACUCUACUUUAAAAACCAAUAAACAUUAUUUACUGUCGUAAUGUUGCCUGGUUUCUGUAAGAUAAGAAAACAAGGCAACAUGAAAUCAUAUAAUCUCGCGCGGACUCCGAUGCUAAUCCCGUUUCAUAAUCGUAAUCGAAUCGAGACUCUAGUCCCCACACUCCAGUUAGGACGAAUUACGUAACCAACGCCACCAUCUACACCCACCCCCCACAUGAGGGUGCAAAAUCGCACCUCCCCUCCCCUCUCCCUUUACCCACGGGUUUCCGGGCUGAUAACAUUCCUUUCCAUCGGCUAAUGUUUUUGCUCAACCUUUCCUCCCGGUGUCGGUUUAUCGGUGUGUCCGGCUGUUCACACGUAAAAUGGUUGACGGUGUGCGCUUGUGUGUUUAUAUGUGUGUAUUUACUGUAUCCCAUUUUUGAACUCUAACGAUGUUUGUUACCGGAAGAUACUGUGUCUUCCUUUCCCAUCGUUGUGCUGUUGUAGACCGCCGGGGGGAAAGCCAUUUCCCCGUGGUGGUGUCGUCCUAGCUCUAGCCUGGUAAAUGUUGACAGAAAUACACCGUUGUUGUUCGGUGGUGGUCGGUUAGGUUUUGGAACAGUUUUGUCCAUCCAUCCAUGUUUUACAAGUGUUUUUUAUCAACACCCAUCACCACCAAGUACGUAUCAGCGAAUGCGUAUCAUCGUCUUGGUUAUAUUGAAGCAAGAAAACCCCAGUAAAACCCAUUGGGCACAGAAAAAACGAAUGGAGGAAAAAGCAGCUGGGUGUGGCAGAACGUCCUACAUGUGCUGCAUUUAGUCAAAAAAAAAACAGCAACAUAUGAUUCGUAUACCGGGAAGCGUUUAAAUGAUAUUGGACAGCGUAGAGAGACGGUAGCGUGGAUCAACAUAUAUAAGAACGUGGGAAAACAAGUAGUAAACGAAAUAUUACAGAUAAACCUAGAGCUAGGAUAUCGUGAACGUUAUAAAUAUUUAACACUGGAAAAAAAACAUGUUUUAGUUUGUUAACUACACGCAAACAACGCGUUGAAAUCCCGGGUGGAUGUUGAAAAAACACAGCCAAAAGGAUCACCUAUUUUAUCGCAACGGCAUGAACAAUUAUCAACCGACUAACCUGGGGGUUUAGAAAAAAAAAACUGAAAGUAUGUAAAGCAGAAGAAACGGUUCCUUUUUUUCCUACAUGAAUGAACCUGAUUUUAUCACUGAUCUCUAGCGAGAGUGGUUGGUAGGAGGAAGAUGAUCAAAGAGUCGAUCGCCGAUGGUGUGAGGUAUUAUGUGGCCGAGAACGAGCGUAUGCGUGUUUGUGUGUGUUUGUAUGUCUGUGUGUGCGUGUGGUUCCAAGGAUCAGAUGUAGUAAACCGUUAAACGAACAGGCUGCUAAAAACUAAUAGGACUUACAAUAGAAAAACCCAACUGGUUACGCAAGGAGUGAGAAUGAUCAAUAGUGAGUUGUAGGAUGCAUAGAUGCUUUCGAGGGGGUGUGACCCCCACCACGGGGUGGGGGUGGAAUAUCAGACAAAAGAUGGAAUGAAAUGGAUCAAUUAUUAUUGAUGGAGCAGAAGAAAUAUAUACAUAUUAUAAUUGUCAAAAUAAAGUUUGAUAUAGAU